AUGAGGCCCUUCUUACUGGCAUGGGCCAUGACCAGCCUGGCGCUGGUCAGCGCAAACGACUUCGAGCCGGCGAAAGCAGAAUUAUUGGCUGAAGAAGCCGUCAAGGGCGAUACUCCUGCGAACACGAAAGAGGCUGUUGACUAUACCAUAUUUAAUGAUAUCAAGGUGCCUCCAAUGAAAGACAUCAAGGGCGAGGAAUUUGCGGAAACGAUAAAAGACGGCUACUGGUGGGUGAAACACUACUCUCCCUAUUGUGGCCACUGUAAUGCCAUUAAGCCACAUUGGCAGACCUUAUACGAGUUUUACUACACUGAAUCACCUCUGGCUGGGAAGACUCAACAGGCCACAAUGGACUUCGAAGGGCCAAACAGCUUUCAUGGCUACUACAACUUCCACUUUGCAGAAGUCAACUGUAUAGCAUACGGUGAUGUGUGUCAAAAGAAUGGUGUACAAGCGUGGCCUACCUUUCUUCUUUUCAAAGACGGCAAAAUGGUCGAGAAGUACAAGGGCGGUCGAGCUAUGGAAGAGUUCAGUGGCUACGUUGAAGAGAAGCUAGAAUCGAUAAGACCAGGUUCGCGGCCUGUAAAGGGUGUCAAAGUUCCCAAGGCUGGCGCGAAGAGUGUCGAUCGUGGCGCAACUCCCUUGUAUGCUGAAGACAAGAGCAAGAACCUCGACAAAGGCAAAGAAGCUGGAGAGAAGCAGAAUGAGAAGGCUGUACAGACCACUACCUCGGAACUUGCUUCAGAAACUGCCAAAGCUGGUCGCAAAGAGCGUCCCAAGGCCGGCUCAACGCCAAAUAUACAGGGAGGCUCAGUUCCUCUGACAGCGGAAUCGUUCCAGAAACUGGUUACUACUUCCCAGGAGCCUUGGUUCAUCAAGUUCUACGCUCCUUGGUGUGGGCAUUGUCAGCAUCUGGCACCAACGUGGUCGCAGUUAGCUAGGGAAAUGCAAGGUAGACUAAACAUCGGUGAGGUCAACUGUGACGCAGAACCACGUCUCUGCAAGGACGCCAGGGUCUCAGCAUAUCCAACACUAUACUAUUUCCGAGGUGGCGAACGGGUCGAGUACGAGGGCCUUCGUGGUCUCGGCGAUCUGCUCUCUUUCACACAGACCGCUCUUGACAGCGACGUCAAAUAUGUGGACGCAGCUGCUUUCCGAGAACUCGAAGAGACCGAAGAAGUCAUUUUUGUGUAUUUCUUCGACCAUGCCACCACCUCGGAGGAUUUUGCUGCUCUCGACAGGCUGACGUUGAGUCUGAUUGGUCACGCACGAAUCGUAAAGACUGAUAGCGAGAUCUUGGCAGCUCGUUUCAAGAUUCACACAUGGCCAAAGUUGUUGGUUAGCAGAAGUGGUAGACCAAGCUAUUAUACUGCGCUCGCACCCAAGGACAUGCGCGAUUUCAGAAGAGUUCUGAGCUGGAUGCAAAGCGUUUGGUUGCCCCUCGUGCCUGAGCUUACGGCUACGAAUGCCCACGAAAUCAUGGACCACAAAUUCACAGUGCUAGGUGUAUUGAACAGGGAGAACCCGGACGAAUUCAAGGAGAGUCGACGAGAGUUACAGAACGCUGCAAUAGAAUGGAUGGACAAGAUGACACAGUUGUUUCAGCUCGAACGGCAAGAGAUGCGUGAUAGCAAACAGCUACGUAUUGAAGAGGCUCAGGAUCGAAACGACCAGCGGGCACUGAGACAGGCUAAGUCUGUCGCCAUCUCAAUCACUGAAGACACUUUCCGAAAGCAGGUUCGUUUUGCCUGGAUAGAUGGUAUCUUCUGGGAGCGUUGGCUUAGAAGCACUUUUGGUGUUGACUUCACGCAUGGCGAGCGGGUCAUCAUUAACGAUGAAGAGAGCCGCCGUUACUGGGAUGUUACCGAAACCGGCAACUACAUCACUCCUUCACGCGUCUCGAUCCUCGAAACUCUCUCUAAAAUCACCUCCGAUCCACCCAAGCUGCAAUCAAAGUCUUCCAUCGGCUUCAUCGAAAACAUAUUCUUCCAGAUCAAAAACAGCUGGAUCUAUCAUCCAUAUGAAAGUAGUGCUGGAAUGCUCGCUUUCCUCUCGAUCGUUCUCUACGUAGCUAGAGUUACAGGAGUCUUCAAGGGACGAAGAAUUAACGUGCCGAAUGCAUGGGGUCUGACAGGAGAAAAAGGUAAAGGCUACUUCCAUCUGAAUGGCAAUGAAAAAGGUCUUGGAUUGCUCGGUGGAAGUGCACCGGAUGGUAAAGCGGACUGA